AUGGAUGGUGUAAUAAAGCAAAAUAGAGUAUCAGAAGAGGCAAAAAGCAAGCACUUGGAUGAGAUAAAUGGAUUCAAAGACGAGAUCAAAAGCCUCACUGAACAGAUAAAGCAAAUGAAACUGACUUUAGAAGAAACACUGAAGCAGUGGAAGACUGCUAAGCAAGAAGAAUUUGUGCGUGUGAAAUUGAUGGCAAGUUUCACUUCUACAAUUUUAUUUCAGGUCAUCGGCUAUGCUGAGUUCUGUAUCCGCAAGAUCGUUGAUUUCAUAAAAUAUGGGUACAAUGGAGGAAAUGGGGUAGAUAAAUGGGGAAGCUUGAGCUCAGACUUCAGCUUGUGCUCUCAAGGAAAGCAACAGUCCCCAAUCAACAUUAGCAAAAAGACCACCGUUUAUGACCCAAAUUUGAAACAAACCCCUAGAAAUUAUGUACUCACAAAUGCCACCCUCAUCAACAAUGGCAUCAACAUUCUGAUGAAAUAUGAUCAUGGAGCUGGCAAUUUGAUCUUGGAUGGGAAGAACUAUACCAUGACACAAAUGGUUUGGCAUUCGCCAUCGGAGCACACGAUCGAUGGACAAAGCUUUCCCGCGGAGCUUCAACUAAUCCAUGAGAGUGAUGACAACCAUAUCGCGGUUGUUGCGAUCUUGUAUCAAUUUGGAAGCCAUGACGCGUUCCUUCUCCAGAUACAAGACGAGCUCAAGCAAUUGGCACAGGACAAAUGCACAGGCGACCAAGAGGCGAGGGUCCCGGUCGGAAUUGUUCAAACGAGAGCACUGGCGCGUCGCUCGCGCAAAUAUUUCCGCUACAACGGCUCUCUCACCGCCCCUCCCUGCACCGAGGGUGUUACAUGGAUCAUCCUCGGCAAGGUGAGGGAGAUGACAAAAGAGCAAGCAAGUUCUUUGCAAGCCCCUUUGAGCGCAGACUACAAGAACAAUGCGAGACCGGUUCAGCCGAUAAACGAGCGCACCGUUCAGCUCUACGACGAGCUCCACAAUGCCAAUAAAACAGCUUCGAAGAAGUCCGAUUGA